AUGACUAGAACCACUGUUGACGAGAUCAAAUACGAGGCCCCCUCGUGGGAGCACAAAAGCCUCGACGUUGCCGACGACGGCCGGAGACUAGCUCCCCAUUCCGAUGCUGCUCGUCCCAAGGGGCGCAUCCGACGAUCGAUGACGGCCUGCCAUACCUGUCGGAAGCUUAAAACCCGCUGUGAUCUAGAUCCGCGCGGUCAUGCCUGCCGUCGCUGUCUAUCAUUGAGAAUCGACUGCAAGUUGCCCGAAACCACCGACCGCUUCCAAGACAACGCGUCCAUGUGGUCCGACGCGACCUCCGCGAUCCCCUCCAUCGAGGAGCGUCUGAACUCCCUCGAAAGAUGUAUGAGGGAGAUGACGGGCAUGAUGCGACAGAUGAUGAGCCAGUCGCCCGCCCUGUCCAAUGGCCCCGUCCCGCACAUGACGAGAAGCAUCCCCACGGACGACGCUGCCUCGGUGGAGGGGAGCCCGUCCUCUCCCUUCCUGCCCAAGCCCGUCCGGCUGAUCCAGGACCUCCAAUCCGACUUCUUUGGCGAGACCGAUUCCGCCCCGAUUGACUCCCCUCUGUCUGGGGACAGUGUGGCCAAAGGGGCCAUAGACUCGAAAUUGUCGCUCAAGCUGCUGCAAUUCGAGAUGAAAGGGCCCGACUCUCUGCUAUACAACACCGCCUGCCUACUGGCCUCCCGAUACGUACCGGGGAUACCCUCCUCCGUCAUGCACGCCAUAUAUCUGCAAGUACGACAUGCGGUGGUUAACAUGCUGUGGGACAAGCCCCCGCUCAAGUACGAGUCGCUACAGGCACUUGCACUACUGUGCCUGUGGCCCGCGACCGUUCAGAAAGAACCCCCGAUGGAUAGCUGGCUAUUGAGCGGGGUUUCGAUCAACCAUGCGAUCAUCUCCGUCGACUUCCUAAAUUACGCGCCCUCCGAGCUCAUGGUGGAUAACGAGACGGCCGCACAGCUGCGGCUGUGGAAUACGUAUUGCUUGACGCAAUUACACUUUGCCGUCGGAAACGCCCGCCCCUUUCACAUCCAGCAGCGCUACCUUGACCACUGCCCGCGGAUACUCGAGCACCCCGCGGCUACGUUGGAAGACGCGAAGGUCGUGGCAGAAAUCCAGCUGUACCUGAUCACACUACGGUUGCAGAGCAACGCGAGUCGGAUGCGGCUGGCCGAGGUCGAGUACGAGGAGAUUGGACGCUGGAAGGCGGAGUGGGCUCACCUGUUUACUGGCGAAAACUCCACCCUGGAGCUGAGCCUUUGGUUCUGCCAAAUCCUGCUCCACCGCACGGCGAUGCGAUUCCAGCCCCGGUCCGACCGGCUGGCGUCCGAGGUCCUCCAGACCUCCCGCCUGAUCGUGUCCCGAUUCCUCCAGAUCCGGUACUCCACGGCGCUCAGCCUGGUGGACCAGGUCUACUUCAUCGUCGGCUACGCUACCCUGAACCUGUGCGACUUCAACCUGAUGGACCCGCUGAUCGAGCAGGUGCAGAUGUUCCUGCUGCACCUGUCGCCGAACGAGGACCACAUCGCGUACCGGUUCUCCUGCAUGAUCGUGGAGUUCAAGCGGCGGUGCGCGGAGUGCAACGACCCGUCGGCCGUCAAGGGGUCCCCGUUGUCCUCCUCGUUCGGUGACAGUCGGAAAAUGAGCAUGGGGCAGGCCCCCCCGUUCAUGGCGCCGCUGAUGGAUGGUAUGAUCGAGGGGUACGGCUUCGACCAACUGAUGCCGGAGGUGAUGCCAAACUCGUUCCCUGAUGGGGUGCUCAACGGCAUGACCGUCGCCGGACUAUCAGCGUAUCGUGAAGACCCUGGUUUAUCUAUCCACGAGUACUUACGAGACAUCCAUCCCAUCCCACUCUCUUGCUUAAAUGUUUUCCGUGGUACUCCAUAUCUUAUGCCGAGACCGAAAAGACCUACCAAGCCCAGUGACAGACAGACAGACAAACACAGACAGACACGCCUGCCAGCCAAACCAGGCAUUCAACCCAGUCCAGUCCAGUCCAGUCUGCCUGACGCUCGGACCGUUCCGCGGUUUCCGCCAAGAUGGGCGGUCGGUCGGUCGGUCGGUGGUGUUGGUGCUGGUGCUGGUGCUGGUGCUGGUGCUGGUGCUGGCACGGCGAAUGCAUGCUGCUGUUCUGGCCCGCUGUUGUUACUAUGGAUGUGGAUUUGUGGAUUUGUGGAUGAACAUGAUGAACAUGUUCGGUCAGCGUCAGUGUCAGUGCCAGUCAGUGUCAGUCACCGGAUCCACGACCGAGGACCGAACAACCGAGCGAGACCCGUGAGGCGUGAGGUGGUGGUGGAGGACCUACGGUUUGUAUUUGGUGUGGGUGUGGGUGUGGGUUUAUUGCGAUUGCAUGUCGGUGUGCCGUGUGACAUUAUUCUCGAGGUCUGGAUCCCGAACCGAGCCGAAUUGGAUGGAUGA